GGCCAGCGAGCUUGUUCGCCCUAUUGGUUCGGUUCGCCUCGAGAUCUCGACCAAGUUCUCUCUGUCCCGUGCCCGUAAAUGAAAUGUGCUGGCCUGCCUGUCUGCCUGCCUGCCUGCCUGACUGCGUAUGUGUGGUGUGGUGUCGUGUGUGUGCCUGUGUGCGUCCCGCGAAAUCAUUGCGUAGGGAAAAAAAGAUCCAUGUAUUAUAGUAGUAGGCUAUAUAUUCUACCGCAGUCGUGGACCAUAGUUUUUGUUGAUGUUGUUGUUACUAAGAAAGCAUAACAACAGUUAGUGUCGUUCCUUGUGAACACGAUGAUUCCUCCAUCAGUUCUAUAAACCACGGUGGUGAUCGGCACAAAGGUGUUUCAGUGAACGAGUUGUCUUGUGUGUAUUAGAUCUAGAUUGUCCGUCGCUGUCCUGUAUUCUGAUGUAACAGGCUGCUGGUUUUCUUUCUAUCGGGACGUACGUGUUGGCCUAGCGUUGUGUUGGAAUUCUUGUUUGCCCUUGCUGUAUGUACUGUACAAGGAUAGGUUGUGGAUUGUAUGGAGCUAUGUUUGAGGGACAAUAUUGCAAAAACAUCAUUGUCUCGGCGGACUCGAAUUUCUUUAUGAUUUUCGGUGCCGUAAGCACCAGCAUGCUCCAUGUCAUGACGACCAGCUCUGACGUGGACUUCACCAACAGAUGACUGGGAGAUUCCUUUUGAGAGCAUCACAGACCUCCAGUGGCUUGGCAGUGGAGCCCAGGGGGCGGUCUUCCUUGGGAAACUUUGUAACGAGGAAGUCGCUGUCAAGAAAGUCCGUGACGUCAAGGAGACAGAUAUUCGCAACCUUCGCAAGCUCAACCAUCCCAACAUCAUCUCUUUCAAGGGUGUAUGUACACAGGCUCCAUGCUACUGCAUCAUCAUGGAGUACUGCCCCUAUGGUCAACUGUAUGAAGUUCUACGAGAUGGGAAAGAAAUCCCACCAACUCUGGUACUAGACUGGUCCAAACAGAUUGCCAGUGGCAUGAACUACCUCCACUCCCAUAAGAUCAUCCACCGAGAUCUCAAGUCACCCAAGUCAUAUGGCGUUGUCCUGUGGGAGCUCCUGACUGCAGAAGUCCCCUACAAAGACGUGGACUCCUCCGCCAUCAUCUGGGGGGUGGGCAGCAACAGUCUCCACCUCCCUGUGCCGGGCACCUGCCCCGAGGGAUUCAAGCUGCUCAUGAGGCAGUGCUGGAGUGCCAAGCCCCGAAACCGGCCGUCUUUCCGCCAGAUUCUCAUGCAUCUGGAGAUUGCAUCAACAGAACUGCUCAACUAUACGCGGGAGACAUUUGCAGAGUCUCAGAUGACCUGGAGAACUGAGAUCAGGGAAAACUUCCAGAAAAUGAAAGCUGAAGGUUCAAAUCUACCUCAACUGGAAGAGGAACUCAUCAAAAGGCGAAAGGAGGAGUUGCGUCAUGCCCAGGACGUGCGAGAACAUUACGAGAGGAAACUGGAGAGAGCGAAUAACCUGUACAUGGAGCUGACAGCUUGCAUGCUACAACUGGAGAAGCGGGAACGAGAACUGAUCAAACGGGAACAACAACUUACCUUGUACAACAAACGUCGAAAGAGCAUCGUCAGACCCAUCAUCAAAGCACAAGAGAAACUUGAUCGUCUCGGAAAGAAAAGAACGCACAGAUCUGGUUCAGAGGUCACAACCCCGGAUUCGAUGAAGAACACAGAGGGAAGUAUGACCACCAGCUCAGAACUCGUACAACCGUCACCGACCAAGAUGCGGGCUCGUAAGUCUCGCCAUCGCCGCAGCAAUAGCCGCGGGUCUAACAAGGACAUUAUCUCCCCUAUCAAAUCUCCCUCCCGAGAGGCAUUCAGGGAGAAGGAUACUCCUGAUCUUCUCAAUCCAGCUGGACUUCAUCUAGCGGAUCAUGCUGAUAUCAAACCAGGUACCUUUAAAUUUCUUGGGCCCGGAACAGCGAUCAGGGAAUAUCGCAGCGAAGAUGAAGCAGAAGAGACGGAAGCGAAAUUGUGCCAUACUGACAAUAAUGUGUCGCGACGACCCCCUCAGCUUCUGCAGGACUCUCAGUUGAGAGAUCCUUCCAAUAACCGCGGAGGCUCGGAGAGACAUUCACCGGGGGCAGAUGCAAACGUUAACGAUGUUUGUUUCGGCUGUGAUGGUGGCUGCAGUGAUGCUACAUGUAGUAGUAAGCGCUCCUCGCAGAUCAGCGCUGAUGUUGAAAGCACGUGUGAUGCCUCACCUCUUCACAGCCCACGAAAUCAACCCCUAGAAACAAUGAGCGAGAAAUCAUCCCCCGACUUUGACUCUUCGUCCCGCGCGCAGGACACAGGUUCCGGAUCCUGUUCCUGCUCACCGGUUAUCUCCCCUGCAGACUCACAAGGCCAACAAACCCAUCAGUCGCCGACAACUCAACACCACUCUAAUAACCCAGUGAGAGAGAAAGACUCAAAUGAGAACCUCAACUGCACAAUUACUAAUGAAGGUGAAUCCUCUACUUUAUCUUCAAGGUCAGCCUCCAACUUACAACAACUGGAACAAACAGUCAUAGACUCGGAGGGCCUCACCACCACAACCACAAACAGCCUGAACAGCAGUAUUUCCCAACGCUACACCGCACCUCGCAUCUCCACCAGCAGCCCCACAAACUCUAUGUUGAGGACCCCGAUGGGGUCAGGGGUCAAGAGGGUCAACAGCAGUCAGGAUAUGGGUCGCAAACAGCACCGCAGCCCGGGCAGGCGUAGGCGGUCUGAUAUCAUCGAGGGUCCGAACUUCGAGAGUCGUCGUAGAUACGAGGAGGAGAGGAGGGCGUUUGAGAGAUAUGUGGUGGAAGAGAGGCAGAUGCGAGAAGAAGGUUGCAACAAAGACAAAAGUAGUCAUAGCAACAACCCUAACAGAUUUCGACGUGCAAAGGUGGGUUCACUGAGAGAAAGGGGGAGGGAGUAGAAAGAGAGAGAGGGAGAGAGAGAGAGAGAGAGAGAGAGAGAGAGGUUUUAAAUUAUGAAUGAGCAUAGGCAAAGUCUCAGGCAUAAUGCCCUUCAGUUUGUCUCAAGACAUAUUUUUCGCUUCUGAACUGUUUUCUGAAAGAACUUUUAGCUUCACAGCAAGUCAACAGGGUUACUACUUCCAACAUAUCAGUUAUAUCACACAACUACCUUCUGAUUUUAGAACUACUUUACACGCGAAAUAUUUAUUUUAUAAACUCUUAUACCAUGUGUGAUUUGGUUGUUAGUUUUGCAUUCUUAUCAUUAUUAUUGACAUUAUUAUUAUUAUUAUUGUUAUCCUUCUGCACAAUGCAUUUCAGUUUGGCAGAACAAAGUAACAUUCCCACAUAUCUUAUAGAUGAAGUGUUUCUAUGAUGUUACAUAGGCACUUUUAUUCUGUUGUGUGACAUAAUCUUAUUUUUAUGAGGUGUAAAUUUGGUCUGAUUCCCACAGGACAUAAUAGUUUUUUGGCUUUUUUUUCUGUUCAGGUGAAGAAUGUCCUGAAGCAGGCCCUUCAUUUAUUGAAAAAUUAUCAUUCCAGAUGAUCUCAAAUAUCUUUUUAUUAGUUUCCAUGUGUA